GUUUUGUAAGAACAGCUUCAGUGGCGUACCUUGGCGGCGCAACAUAAGAGCAUGGGUGGCACGUUAUUGUUUAUAAAGGAGUUAACCAGUUUGUGCUGAACUAGUUAUAAUUUGGCUGCAUGCGAUGAUUAAGGCCAAUUUGCAUGUUUACCAAAUUAACUUGACAUGACGACAUGAGGCAUCAGUGAGUAGCUGCAACGUCUACAACAAACAACUGCAACUGAAUUUGGCGACCAGGUGUUUCUGAAACAGUUCAACGUCCAACAAUCACAAGUCGGCUCCUAGGAGUACAUUCUGAAAAUCACCUUAGUAGAAUCCUUACCUCUAAUCCAUAAUAAAUCAUAUCAACUCAAACGAAACUACCUGCUUAGUUAGCUCAAACUCUGAAACUCCAGAUUUAAUAUAGGCAGUUCAACUUGUACUUUGCUGCUUAUCGAACAAAGGUUCACUUCCGACAAAAGGCUACCAAAACUUGCUUUUAUCUUUAUUUUAUUCAAAUUCCAGUACUUAUUAGAUUUACCUGUGUUACUGUUUCGAUUUUACUUGAUUCGAAAACACUUCUCUAGAAUCUACACUACAAUAACUUCGAUAUCCGCUUUUUGAUCACAACAUGUCAAAUUCAAAGCCCUCAUGUCAAUUCCUUUGAUAAAAAUCACACACAGGUCGAAAACCUUUGGCUUAUUGAAGUUAAAUUAUUUUUCUACUCACGCUUUGUUUUUCCGCAAAAGGACUCCUAAUACGUUUCAGCAAAGUAGAAGACUUAUUUUAGAGUCCUUAAAUUGAAUCCAAUCCGUAUUCAGCAAUUAAUUUUAAUCCUUGAUUAUCUUUCAGUUAAAUAAUAUCAAAUUUUAUUCUUCUUUGCUUCCUGUGCCUUGUUUUGCCUUAUUUUCUCGGGACUUAAGCAAGUUGCCGUUGAUUUACUGUACAGCAUAUUCAGUUCAUUUGAAAAAAAAAAUAAUUGGUGCUUCCUUAUUUUGACAGAGCACUUUGAUAAAUAGUUUUUGCAAAUUUAUUUCAAGAGUUAUCUGAAUUUAAAGAGUUAUUUUAAUUGAAUAUAAAUUUUUACCCUUAAGAUGAUCUUAAAUGUUUAUUAUUAAAACAGAUUUUAAGACAUAGACAUCUACUUGUCGCCAAGUUUUUUAAGCUCCUGAAAAUAUAAUUAUUCUGUCGCCUUAUUUGUUUUGCUUCAGAAUAUUUCAGUCUUUUGGUGGACAGAAAGUAACUUUUUCACUACAACUGCAGGGGUAUAAGAUAUUCGCCUGAUUGGGUCUAAUUCCUCCUCGCAACUUCAGAAACUACUUACCAGCAUUCAAGUUCACCCAAAACAAAGGUAAUACUUUCCUGCCUUCCUUAUUAACAGUGCUAGUAUGUAAUACUAGAGUAGAAUAUUCACUUGUUACGCUUCUUUUGUUCCCAUCUUAAGUCAUUUUCAUUUUCUUCUAACUGGUAAAUGGUACACCAAGUUUCCAUUAUCUUGACUUAUCUUCUUACUUCGCACAAAGAAAACCGACUGCUCAACUUUUUGUAUUUAUUAUUACCAUUCAGCAGUGCCGUUAGCUUGUAUGCUGCAACCUUUAGUUUGAAUACUUUGAAACAACCUGCUAUCGAUUGCUAAUUGCAUAACUAUAAUAUUAUGCUAAUCUCGCCUGUUAACUGCGCAACUAUUGUGAAGAUGAACAGUUUUAAGUGUAGACUGGUUAUUUGUGCCUUUUUACUAAGUGUGGGCUUUGUUUUGUGUCUGUCUUCGCCUUCGUUUCCUGUUCUUAAUUUGCCGAGUGUGAGUCGUGAAGAUCUGCAACUCGGAACAUCGGUUGAUUUGCAGCAUACAGCGUAUGAAUGGGAGCCCUAUAUCCGCUUAGAACAAUACCACGAUCAGGACCAGCUGGAGAAGCUGCUCUACAAAUACCAGACUGACUUCCCUGAAUUAGUGCGUGUGCACCUGCUCGGACUGAGUGGGAUGGGCAGGGCUAUCCUGGCAGUGAGAGUGAGUGACAACCCAGAUGAAGAUGUGGAGUUGGAUGAACCGGCUGUGAAAUACGUGGCCAAUAUGCACGGCAAUGAAGUUGUGGGUCGUGAGCUGAUGCUGAGUUUUGUGGAGUACUUGUGUGAGGGAUACUACAGCAACUCAACCAUCAAACAGUUGGUAGAUAGUCACGACAUUUGGAUUGUGCCCACCAUGAACCCAGACGGAUUUGCACAGGCGAAGGAGGGCGAGUGCUGCGGAGUUAAAGGUCGUACGAACAAUGCCAAUGUAGACCUGAAUCGAAAUUUCAAAAUCAUGAGGCAAGGUGACCCGCUCGAGAAAAUAUCAAAUCAGUUCGAGAGCUAUUACCAGCCGGAGACGAAAGCGCUGGCCGACUUUAUCAGAAACAGACAGUUUGUGUUGUCGGCUAAUUUUCACGGGGGAGCUUUGGUUGCAAAUUACCCCUACGAUGCGGCAUACAACGGAGUGAAAAUUGGAGAUCAGAACUACGCUGCCUGUCCGGACGAUGCAGUGUUCCGCAGUAUCAGUCGACUUUAUGCUGACAUGAAUCCAAUCAUGCGCCUGGAGAGUCCGCAUCUGGAUGCCAUCUGUGGACAUGUAGAGGACUCCUUUGACAGAGGAGUGGUCAAUGGAGCCCAUUGGUACGAAGUGCUUGACGGAAUGCAGGACUACAACUACUUCAUGUCGAAUGCAUUCGAAAUCACAGUUGAACUAGGAGUGUGCAAGUAUCCCCUCCACAGCAAACUGCAGUACUACUGGGACAGUAAUAAACAGUCUCUGUUGCACUACAUUCGCCAGGCAUCCACAAUGGGAAUCCGAGGAAGAGUUGUGGAUGCUAAGAAUUCUUCAGGAGUCAAAGGUGCCGAAAUCAGAGUGCGUGAAAUUGAGCAUGAUGUUGUGUCUGUGAAGGGCGGCAGUUUCUUCCGAUUGCUGGUGCCUGGAACAUACCAUGUGAUGGCGGUAGCCGAGGGGUACCUGAAUAGCCCAGAAGUACAGAUAAAAGUAGAUGCCAAUAAGCAAACAGUUCAAAACUUCUACUUGUAUCCCUCGGACAAGCAGUUACAGUACAGAGACAAAGAAUACUUUCGGCUUAGUGAACUGUCGUUGGCAGUGGAACAGCCAGGUGAAUACAGGGCAUCGAUGGAUCCGGAUAGCUUCAUUGAGAAAUUGCACGAAAAAUACCCAGAGUUGACAUUUAUCUACAGCAUUGGCAAGUCAUUCAAAAAACACGAAAUGAACGUGCUGGUCAUUUCUGACAAUCCAUCUUUGCAUGAAAAAGGGGAACCGGAAAUGAAGCUCAUCUCAAGUCUCCACGGCAAUGAAUUGGUAGGGCUGGAAGUGUUGGCCACCUUUGCAGAGUAUAUUUUAGCGAAUUAUGGCACAAAUAGAGAGGUGACGUGGCUGGUGGAUAACACGAGGAUACAUUUUCUACUUUCUGCUAAUCCAGACGGAAGAUUGAAGACCCUCACGACGCUAAAGUACGAUCUGACCAAUCAGCCUUCGAAGCUAGUGUGGUCUACGGGGAGGGAGAAUGGUAACAGGAGUGACUUGAACCGCAACUUCCUCUACGACGGGACCCCCCAGUCACUGUUGAAACUGCAGCCGGAAACGAGGAAUAUCAUUCAAUGGAUGCACAAUGUCCCAUUCAUUCUUUCCAUCGCCUACCACGGUGGGACCAAAGUCGUCUGCUACCCUUACGAUCACGCCAAGAACACCAUUGUUGAGGACAUUGAUGUGUUCCGAUAUAUAUCCCAUAAUUACGUGGAAACGAAUCCGGGGAUGAAGGGUGGAUACCCUUGUCCGAAGGAGUGGCCCCAAGAAAAGUUCCCUGGGGGUUAUCUUUCGGGUGGGGACUGGUAUCCGUUUGAAGGGGGAAUGCAGGAUGUGAAUUAUAACUACAGUAACUGUCUCGAGUUCAGUAUUGAAGUGUCGUGUGAGAAGGUCCCACCGGCUGUUGAGUUGCCGCUACACUGGAACGAUAACAGAGAGUCACUGGUCACUUUUCUCAAGAUGGCACACAUAGGCGUGUCUGGUUUUGUGACCAAUUUGGAAGAUGGAUCUGCAGUGUCCAACUGCACAGUGUCAGUGGCUGAGAUUGGACACGACAUGCACUGCACAGACCAGGGAGAGUACUGGAGACUGCUAGCUCCUGGAACCACUUACACCUUAACUGUGUCUGCCAAAGGAUUCGUUCCUUACGCCAAGCGAGUGUUCGUAUCGGAACCAAAUCAUGCAGAAGGAAUAUACAACGCACAACGAGUGGACUUUGUACUGGAAACAGUGGCGAAAAGUGAGGCUAAAAAGAAUCCGUGGGUGGAGAAGUUGCAUGGUGCCAUGAGUGCUGAAGAAAUAGAAAUCGAAAUGGUGUCUUAUGAAGAUGUGAUUGGUUUCUUCAAAGCUCUGGCUAUCGUGUUUCCGGAAACCAUCAAUAUGAAAUACCUUGGUUCCGACCUUAAUGGACUGCAGUUAAUAGUGAUGGAGAUAUCAGCCUCCUCCUCCCCCAACGAGGCAACAAAUGUUCCCCACAUAGCCGUAACUGGGGGACUCACUGAGACAGACUUGAAGUCUGUGAACACACUAGCUAAGUUCACUCUGGACUUGGUGAUGGAGUAUGAAAACGGAGUUCCAUAUGUGCGCAAGCUUUUGACCGGAGCAGUGGUGCACAUAGUGCCCUACUUCUACCCCAGCCAGUUGAGAGACUCAGUUUCCUCGCAACAGACGGCCACCGAAUCGAUCGAGAGUUGUCAGAAAUCACCGGGUGCCAAUGAUAUGAACAGGCACAAACUGCAACCAGAAUCUGCUGCACCACGAGAAGUUGGCAUUUUCGAAAACUGGCUCAAGCAACAGCCUCUCGUGUUCACAUUGCAAGUCGCCGCUGGAUUUCGAGGACUAUAUGUUCCACCAGAGAUGGAUCUAUCAACAGAGUCAAUGGUGAGAGGGAAGAGAAUUCGCCGAGACACUUCAGUCGCCGAUUGUCCAAAUUCACCUUCGCAAGCUGACGUCUCUACGAACAUGAUUGAUAGCGUGCAUACGCAAUAUGGAAUAUCCUCGGCGAUGGUCGGGAUCGGCUGCUGCGGUUCGAGCCCCUCCAUCUCCGCACAAGAAUACACAGACUUUUCAGUGUACACUAAAUGUUUGCUGGCUAAUGUGUCCAGCCACGCAGUUGUGCUAAUUGCACAGACAGACAGCGGUCGAUUUGUAGUGGACGGAUUGGAAAUAUCAUGUGCGUGUAAUUAUUCGAAUAACCGGCCCAAAUCAAGUGCAGGAAGACAUCAAAUUUUGUUGACACAGCCCGGUAAACAGAACAUUUCUGCCUCGUGGAACAACGUGACAGUGACUAAACCAGUAUUUGUGAAUGCCAGCGCCACCUCGCCCGACGUCGUAACUAUCGUGUUCCAUAGUGCACACGCACUCGUGGACCCCAAACACCCUUCGGAUACCUCAGGCGGGGGUACUAGUUUUAUCCAAUCAGCAGUCACUGUCCUCAUAAUCUCAGGUGUUGUCAUUUUACUUCUAAUUGCGACCAUUGGAUUAGCCAGUCGUGUUCUCCGAGGCCCAGCCAAUUUUCAAAACAAUUGUUCCAAAUCAAACAGAAGAAGUUGCUGUAAACGUAACAAAAUAUCUCACUAUUCCAGAAGUGUAAAUCCUAAUAACAGUUUAGAAAACAACAUUUCGAGAACAGGUCUGAGCAUGGGGUUGUCAAAUAAUGUGGACGAUUCAUCAGAAUUGGAUGAUGACGAGGAAUGGGUUUUGUACGGCAAGAGAAUUGACCGGUCUUCAGCAGCUAAAGUUGGAAAUGAUUUCGAUCUGAAAGCGAGCAAAAAAUUGCUCAAAACCGAGGCUGCUAGAACUUCAGACGCGUGAAAAAUAAUUCAUGUCAGGUUGAGAAAUGGUUCCAAAAAUGGUUUUGCAUAAUAAAGUCUUAUUAAAUAACCCAAGAAGAAUUUUUCUGAUCUUUGAAAUGUUCAUGUCUUUGUGACCUUUGAAGUGUUUAAUGGUAUAGGAUACUUUGUGAUUAAGAUAAAACGUGGAUCUGCGUUUUUUCAGAAAUUUUUU